AUGCCUUCCUCUGUGAAUCCUUCGUCCUCCGGGUCGGAGAAGCCAGGUCCCAUUAGUCCUAGUAAGCCUUCUUCUGUUAUGACGGAUCCCGAUAAUGGAUUCAAACUUGGUCGACGAGGCGUGCUCGUGUUUUUCACUUUGGCCGUUCUUACCUUGAUGGCGGCUCUGGAUGGAACUUCUCUCUCUGUGGCUCUACCGACCAUCUCCCAAGAGCUGGAUGGGACAGCCAUCGAAGCAUUUUGGAGUGGUACCUCCUUCUUGUUGACUUCUACAGUAUUCCAACCGAGCUUCGCGUCGUUCUCUAAUAUGUUUGGCCGUCGCGCAAUGAUCCUAGUCGCCAUUCUCUUCUUCUGCGUUGGCGCAAUCGUCGCGGCAGUCGCAAAAAAUUUCACUUAUAUGCUCGUUGGACGAUCCAUCCAAGGAGUAGGUGGUGGCGGGAUCAUCGCUUUGAGUGAAAUCGUCAUUACUGAUAUCGUGCCACUCCGGUAUCGCGGGAAAUAUUUUGGAAUCAUGAGCGCAAUGUGGAGUCUUGGAUCAGUGACAGGUCCUAUUUUGGGCGGCGGAUUUGCCGAGAAUGUGACCUGGCGUUGGAUCUUCUACAUCAACUUUCCCUUUAUUGGAGUUGGUGCAAUCUUCGUCCUUCUCUUCUUGAACUUGAAGGUUCUUCCCGGAUCUCUAAUUGAAAAACUGCGCCAAAUUGACUAUAUCGGGACUGUACUUUUCGUGGGAAGUCUGUCGUCUUUCCUGAUUCCGAUUACCUGGGGUGGUAUCUCCUAUGCAUGGAACUCAUGGCACACUCUCGUCCCCUUGAUCAUUGGCGCUGCAGGUCUCUUCGUCUUCGCAUUCUAUGAGUACCGCUUUGCUUCCGACCCAAUCAUCCCGCCCAAGAUUUUCAUAAACCGCACAGCAACAGUUUCUUUCAUUGGAAGUGUUCUCCAAGGCUUGAUCCUAUGGUGCACACUCUACUACCUACCAUUAUACUACGAAGCCGUCAAAGAAUUCAGUCCCAUCCUCUCGGGUGUCGCUCUCUUCCCUGAGACAUUUACCGUUGCACCCAGUGCCAUGGUUGUCGGGAUCUUGAUUACGGUGACGGGACACUACCGCUGGGCUAUCUGGCUAGGCUGGACUGUCUCGACGAUUGGACUGGGAUUGAUGUGGUUGAUCAAGGUGGAGACCAGUACCUAUGGCUGGAUUCUGCUUAACCUCGUCCCGGGCCUUGGGCUGGGGAUUUUGUUCCCAUCUCUCGGAUACGCAGUUCAGGCAUCCGCUGAGCCGGAGAAUCUGGCUAUCGCCGUUGCUAUGUUUAGCUUCUUCCGUGCCUUGGGACAGGCGAUUGGUGUUGCGGUCGGUGGUGUUAUCUUCCAAAAUCGGAUGUACAAAAACUUGCUCAAAUACCCUGCUCUGGCGCCUAUGGCUAGCGCUUAUAGUAAGGAUGCGUCGGGUUUGGUGCAAGUUAUCAAGGGCAUGGCUGAUGGGGCCACAAAGCUGAAUCUGAAGGAAGCGUACACAGACAGUCUGCGCAUUGUCUGGGUCGUUUGCUGUGCUAUAUCAGGUGUUGCUUUGUUGUUCAGUCUGUUGACUCAGUCCUAUGAUCUGGAUCGUGCCCUGGAGACUUCCCAAGGUCUACGUGAUGGCAAGGACAAUCUUGAUAGUGAGAAGGACGUCGAGGCGCGUGCCGAUCAAGCGAUGCAGCAGGAGAAUCCACUAGCAUGGUGA